AACGGCACCCCGCGGAGCCCCCCUUGUGCCCACUGGCUCCUCCCCUGCACCCAUCAUCUCUCGCUUUAAUCCCUACCAGGCCAGCCAGCUGCCUGCCUGCUCUUCCCCACCCCCUUAUCUUCCUCCCCUCCUCUCCCUUCUUGCUACGAGUAGUACGCUUGGUGGUGGUGGUGUGUGUAUGGUUGCUGCAGCAUAGCUAGGGACGGGGAAGGUGGAGGAAGCAGCGGAGUCAGCCAUGGGGAGGGGGAGGGUGGAGCUGAAGCGGAUCGAGAACAAGAUCAACCGCCAGGUCACCUUUGCCAAGCGCAGGAACGGCCUGCUCAAGAAGGCCUACGAGCUCUCCGUGCUAUGCGACGCCGAGGUCGCGCUCAUCGUCUUCUCCAACCGCGGCAAGCUCUACGAGUUCUGCAGCACCCAGAGCAUGACGAAGACACUCGACAAGUAUCAAAAAUGCAGUUAUGCAGGACCUGAAACUACUGUGCAGAACAGAGAAAAUGAGCAACUGAAAAACAGUCGCAAUGAGUACCUGAAACUAAAGGCACGGGUUGAUAAUUUACAGCGAACACAAAGGAAUUUGCUUGGUGAAGAUCUUGAUUCAUUAGGCAUAAAAGAGCUCGAGAGCCUUGAGAAGCAACUUGAUUCGUCCUUGAAGCACAUUCGAACAACAAGGACACAACAUAUGGUUGACCAAUUGACAGAACUCCAGAGAAGGGAACAAAUGUUUUCGGAGGCAAAUAAAUGUCUUCGUAUAAAAUUGGAGGAGAGCAACCAAGUUCAUGGGCAGCAGCUCUGGGAGCACAACAACAAUGUACUGAGCUAUGAACGUCAGCCGGAAGUGCAGCCGCCGAUGCACGGCGGCAAUGGAUUCUUCCACCCCCUUGAUGCUGCUGGUGAACCCACACUUCACAUAGGGUACCCUCCCGAGUCCCUGAGUAACUCAUGCAUGACUACUUUCAUGCCCCCGUGGUUGCCUUGAGUGAAGAUGGCGAAGAAAGUGUGAAAAAUAAGUAUAUACGUGGCACCCGGCUGGCCGCAUAUAUACAUGUAUACUACUUCGAGUGAUGGAUUAUUCCAGUCAAGAUCCUCAGUUAUUUUGCGUGCAACUUUUGUGUGAUGAAAACUUCGCUGUAUUGAUGCUCAACAUUAUUAUGUUACUGCGUGUAAAAGAUCAUACACUGUAUUACUAGAGUGACUAUGUGAUGAUUUUCCCCCCUUA